GGCCGUUACACUGUGUCAAACUUGGUACCUAAGGUAGCCAGCCAGCCACGGGAGUUUUUUGGGUUGACGUUGACUAAUAACAAAUGGUGCUGCAUUGGUGGCUGAAGACCAGCUAUGUAAUUCAGAGCACCGCAAUCCCACUUCAACAAAAUUCCUCAUUGACCAAAUCAAAUGAAAACCAUCCGCACACAAACGAAAUUCCAUGCGGACCUGAGGAACCCUUGGUGGGGACUGACACGAAUCAACAUCGGACCUUUCAAAACAUCCUUGACUCGCUAGUGGGCCUCAGCCUUUCCUCCUUCCACUUCAGCCUCGGACCUACCUCACAUCCCACCCAUCCGAAGAAACUUUUUUCCUGGCCUUCCCGAAAUCCAACGACCAAUUCCAGUCAGUAAUCGCAAUUUGCGCAUUCAUCUACCGACACAUUCCACGACUCAUCGAUCAUGGGAAUUCCUCAGAAAACCACUCGCACCAAGACAAGAAGACGUCUGAGGUAAUUCUUAGUUUUUUCUCAAGAGUUGGAGUGUGCGGCGCAUGGACAUUUGUGCCCCGCCAUCCAUUCCACCUCACCAUAGCUAACUUCCACAUGUAGGGAUGUCGAUCAAGUCGAGGCCGAUUUACGUUCGCCAAAACACCUAGAACAAUACAAAAGUACUAAGGCUGCGGAGGACCUUCCAGGUCUAGGAGAAUUCUAUUGUGUCGAGUGUGCAAAAUGGUUUGAGAGCGAGCAUAGUCUUCUUGGCCACCGAAAGGGAAGCACACACAAGAGAAGGUAACUUGAAAAUCGCUAAGAAGCAGGUGUUUGGAAGCUGAUUGAUAUAUCCAGAGUCAAGCUGUUGAAGGAAGGAGCAUAUACACAAGCUGAGGCAGAAGCUGCAGUUGGUAUGCGAAUUGACAAUGGACCUCGACAGGCCGCCAAAGAGAAAAUACAGGAUAUGGAAGUAGAAAUGGAGGACUCGGAACUUGUAGGCGAAGAACCGGCGACUUGAGGAUGCUCACUUCACAUUAAUCCCGACUCAAGAGAUAUCAAAGAGGACUGGUAUGAAAGGCUACCGGAAAAUCACAAUUCGGGGUAUAUUUCGCUAUCUCACAGUACGGCCUUUCGCAGCUCUAGCCAAACCACUUCCUCGAGUUCCUCGAACACCGCCUCGCGCACUGCCGCCUCUGGCAGAAGGAAUACCUCCACGACCUCCACUGGCUGUUCGCGAUGCCGGGGCUGGGGUUGCGAACUUGGGGGUGGGUUUGGAGGAUGUAGGUGGGUUCUCGACGAAGGAUGUGUCGGUAGUCCUGCAGGAAUUAGUAUUGAGCGUACUUAAAGACAAGCACUUUAUGACAUACAUAAAUGUUGUUUCCC